AUGAUGAGCAGUCGUCGUGUUCUUUAUUUAACUUUGUUCUUCUUGUCACGUUUCGAUUUAAUAAAAUCAUCGACUGCUAAUUGUCCUGUUGAAGCUGAUCCAGCAACUAUUCUCAGUUGUGUUGCUAUUGAUGCUGUUGGUUUAGUUCAAGCAACGAAAGGUAACAUUAGAGUAUUUUGUACAAUGGCUGAACGCUUUAUGGAAUGUGUUAAAACAAAAACACGCGGCUGUGUUGGUGAAGAGUUCGUGCGGGGAUCUCUUUCAGAACUAAUUGAAUUAUCACAAAAAUGCUGUGUCAAUAAAGAUGAAAAGAUGAGUGAAGAAUGUCCAUUUUUUUCAAGACCUCAAUGCUUUUCUUUAAAUGAUACGGCAAAGAAAUCAAAUGGAGAUGAAAUAUCUAUUGAAAAUCUUAAAAUUGGUGAAAAAGUAUUGGCUAUUGAUCAUAAUGAUCAAAUUAUAUCAACAGAAGUCGUUGCUAUUUUACAUUAUGAAAAGAAUUUACCAGCCCUUUUUUAUACCUUCACAACUGACUCAGGACAUCAACUUUCUCUAACACCCGAACAUCUUGUUUACAUUGGUAAUCAGAAAUAUAUUCAAGCUCGUCAUAUUGAUUCUAAUGAACAUCAACUAUUUAUUGCUGGAAAAAAUGGUCAAUUAACAUCGUCUCGUAUUCUAUCGAUCGAUGUACAAAUAAAACAUGGCUAUGCAACACCCAUUACUCAACAUGGCACAUUACUUGUCAAUAACGUUAGUUCAUCAUGCUAUGCAUCUAUUUAUCAUCAUUCUAUAGGACAUCUGGCCAUGGCACCUUUACGUUGGGCUCACCAAGCUAAACAAAUAUUUGGUUUAAUUAAUACAAGCGAAGCGAAUGAAAAUGGAAUUCAUUGGUAUCCAAAAGCUUUAAACAAUCUUGUUCAUACGUUUGUUCCUUUUCCUGGUCUAUUUACAUCGACGUCAGGCAAAAUCUGA